GGACGGUCCGUACGGCUAGGUCAGGUGACACAGUGUCGCCGUCACAUGACCUAGCAGGAGACCGGAAGUUGUUGGUUCUGCUGAAAGGCAGAGUCUGCUGUCGGGAAGGCGCAGGCCAUGGCCUCCAUCCUAGAGGAAUACGAGGACUCCCUGUCCCGGGUACACUUCCCCAGCCAGACCCGGGCGCCGGGGAUACCGCUCUCUGGAUACGUAAAUGCCCGCCUAGAGAAGGAGACGCCUAUUUUUAAAAAACAGAGGAUCGACUUAACACCGCCAGAGAACAUUAACAGCUUGGUGGUGUGUAGUAACCAACUAUGCAUGAGUUUGGGAAAGGAAGCAAUUCUCAGGAUCGAUUUGAUAAAAGCUGACCAGCCAAACCAGGUGGAACUCGGUCGUAAAGAUGAUUUCAAAGUACACAAGAUCUUUUUGGAUCCCACAGGAUCACAUCUUCUGAUCGCUCUGAACACUAGCGAGUGCCUUUAUCUCAAUCGAAAUGCCCAGAGAGUGAGACCUCUUUCUCGAUGGAAGGGCCACAUGAUCGAAAGUAUCGGAUGGAACAAGUUCCAAAAGAAUGACACCACCACCGGUCCUAUUUUAGUAGGCACUGAACAGGGUCAAAUAUAUGAAGCAGAAAUCUCCACCAGUGAAGGUGGUCUUUUUGGAACAAAUCCAGACCAGUAUUUUCGUUACCUUUACACCUUGGAGGAAGAGACAGGACCUGCACCAGUAUGCUGUUUGGAAAUAGAUUGUGGGUACGAGAAUCGUUUUUGUGUCAUUGCAACCACAAGGAAAAGACUCUUCCAAUUUGCUGCUAAAUUAACAGAAGGAGCAGAGCAACAAGGCUUUGCACCACUGUUCAGCCAUUCUGCAGAUGACCCCCCAAGUAUCCGAGAGUUUCCAGAUGAUCUUGGCUAUAGUGAAAUAGCUUUCUACACUCAAAAGCUUCGCACCGCUCCAAUGUCCUUUGCUUGGAUGAUGGGGAAUGGCGUGCUUUAUGGCAACUUAGACUUCUCUAGGCCAGAUUCUGGUCUUACCGAUGUCCAGGUUUGGGAAUACCCAUCCAAUGAAAAACCAAUAUCCAUUGUGCUUACUCAGUUCCACUUUUUACUUUUGCUACCGGACAGGGUAAAGGCCAUUUGUACAUUAAACGGUCAGUUAGUAUUUGAAGAUAUCUUUCCGGAAAAGUUUGGCCCAUUGAAAAGGAUGGUGAAAGACCCAGUUAUAGGCCAGAUCUGGAUCCAUACGGAGAGAGCCGUCUUCCGGUACCUCGUUGAUCGUGAGCCAAGAGAUGUUUGGAAGAUGUACAUGAACAUGGGCAAAUUUGACUUGGCCAAAGAGUUUUGUAAAGAUCGUCCUGAAUGUAUGGAUUUGGUGUUGGCCAAGGAGGCCGAGCACUGCUUCCAGACCAAGAAGUAUAAAGAGAGUGCUAAAUGUUAUGCUCUCACCCAAAACUACUUUGAAGAAAUAGCACUUAAAUUUAUUGAAGCAAAACAGGAAGAAGCCCUGAUGGAGUUUCUCCUGAAAAAGCUGUCCAACCUGAAACCUACAGAGAAAAUACAAGUCACUUUACUCACCACUUGGUUAACAGAGUUGUAUCUUAAUCGCCUUGGAAUUUUAGAAAGUGAUACAUCAAAAAGAAGCAUAUAUCUAACGACUCGUAAUGAGUUCCGAGCUUUUCUCAGCAGCAAGAUAAAUAAAGAAUGCCUCAGUAAUAACCGUGCCUCCAUAUACGAUCUCUUGGCCAGUCAUGGGGACACAGAGCACAUGGUGUAUUUUGCUGUCCUGAUGGAAGACUAUGAACGAGUAGUAUCGCAUCACUGCCAGAAUGAUGAUUACGAUGAAGCCCUCAAUGUCUUAUCAAAGCACAAAGAUAAGAGGCUUUUUUACAAGUUCUCUCCAGUCCUGAUGCAGCACAUACCGAAAAAGGUUGUAGACUCUUGGGUCCAAAUGGGGAAAAAACUGGACCCAAAGAACCUUAUUCCUGCUCUCGUUAAUUACAGUCAGAGCGCAUGCACUCAGAUCAAUGAGGCCAUUCGAUACAUGGAAUUCUGUGUGUAUGAACUCAAGGAAACCGAACAGGCUAUUCACAACUACUUAUUGUCACUGUAUGCACAGUUUCGGCCAGACCGCCUCCUCUUAUACUUAGAAAAGGCUGGCACCAACCCCAAUAGAAUCCAUUAUGACCUAAAAUAUGCUCUGCGUCUGUGUGCAGAACAUGAGCACCAUCAUGCCUGUGUCCAUGUCUACAAGGUUAUGGAGCUGUAUGAAGAAGCGGUGGAUCUAGCUUUAAAGGUUGAUGUGGAUCUGGCAAAGUCUUGUGCAGAUCUUCCAGCUGAUGAUGAGGAACUGAAGAAGAAGCUGUGGUUGAAGAUAGCUCGGCACGUGGUACAGGAAGAGAAGGAUGUGAAGAAGGCUAUGGUUUGCCUGUCCAGUUGUAAUCUUCUUAAAAUCGAAGAUAUUCUUCCGUUCUUCCCUGACUUUGUGACCAUCGACCACUUUAAGGAAGCCAUCUGUAGCUCUCUGCAAGCUUACAACCAGCAUAUUGAGGAGCUGAAGCAAGAAAUGGAAGAUGCCACAUUAAGUGCCAAGCGCAUACGGGAAGACAUGCAGGAGAUGAGAAAUAAGUAUGGCUCAGUGGAACCACAAGAUAAGUGCACUGCCUGUGACUUCCCGCUUCUGAAUCGUCCCUUUUAUCUCUUCCUUUGCGGUCACAUGUUCCAUUAUGACUGUCUCAUGCAGACUGUUGUCCCAAAUCUCCCUGCUUACAGGCAAUUGAAACUGGAUGACCUGCAGAAGAAGCUCGGAGCCGCAGUCCAGCCUUCUAAAAGCCGCUCCCACACGAAGGAUGAAGAUAACUUAAGUCUGGGAAAGGGGCAACAGAGUCGUGAACAGAUUAAGGCAGAUAUUGAUGACAUAUUAGCAGCUGAGUGUCCCUAUUGUGGUGAACUUAUGAUUCGAUCUAUUGACAAACCUUUCAUAGAUCCACAGAAGUAUAAAGAGGAGAUGCUCAGCUGGCUGUAGGAUUUAUUUCUAACGUUUCAAUGAAACUGCCCCAACAAGGUGCACGGUUGCCGGAAUAAAUUCUUAACGACCAUGUAUUGCAUAAUUGUGUAUAUUCUUAUGCCUGUUGUAGCUGUUGCUAUUUUUCCUCCACUACUAAUCACACUUCCUUUGUAUUGUGGAAGCCUGGCCUUGCUGUUACUAACACCCGUAGACCAGCACUCAUUUUUGGCUGCACUUUGCUUCUUCUUUUUAUAUAUAUAUAUAUAUAUAAUAUAUUUUUUUUUAUUUUGCAUUUGGCACACUGCAUUUAUAUGAAUCAGUCAUGUGAUAUGUUCACCUGAUUUAUCACAUUUAAAUGCCUUCAGAAACUGACUGUCAAAUGUUUCCUUUAUAGACAUGUAAAUUGUUAUGCGAAUACAUGAUUUGCUUGUGAAAAAUCAAUGUGCUAUAUUAUCUGUUCAGAGGUUAUCUAACUGUGAUAAACUUUGCUUAUGCCCAUUUAAGAA